UCAGCUCUCACCGAGUAUUCGCUCCCGACCACGUUGCGCGCCGCGGAGACGCCGCCGUAGUCCAGAACGGCUUCCGGGACUCGUCCGGAGGCCGCUUCGCUGCUCCGUUCACCCCCGAACUCGAGUGACUCCUAUUCAUUUUGUCUAAAAUGGGUGUGAAGAAGAAGCGAAGCACGCAAGUUGCUGCAUUUACUAUUCCUCAUCAGGACUUUGAAACCUUGAGAUCUUUUGCUGAUGUGGAAGGGAAAAAUCUAGCUUCUUUGCUGUUACGAUGUGUCCAGCUCACAGAUGGGGUGUCACAAAUCCAUUAUGUUAAACAGAUUGUGCCUCUACUGGAAAAGGUAGAUAAAAAUGGAGUGUGUGAUCCCACCAUUCAAGCUUGUUUGGAUAUUUUAGCAGGCAUUUAUUUUUCUUUGAGUUUGAAGAAUCCCUUGAAGAAAGUAUUAGCAAGCUCAUUAAAUGGCCUACCUGAAUGUUUUCUAACUGGGGCUGAACACAGUUUUACUUAUCAUCUUCAAGAAGAAUUGAGUACUGUUGAUUUGUACUCUUAUAGGAAAGUAGUUGACAAUUUAUCGUCCUGUAUGGAGAAUUUUAACUUGGGUAGAGCAAGUGUUAAUAAUCUACUUAAAAAUGUGCUUCAUUUUCUGCAGAAGAGUUUGAUUGAUGUCCUGGAAGAAAGUAGAAAGUUUGCUGGAAAUCAUAUUGUUCAAACACAGUUGAUGAAUGACUUGUUGGUAGGCAUUAGAGUUUCAAUGAUACUAGUACAGAAAGUACAAAGUUUCCAGGGAAACCUUUGGAAGACUUCCGGUUCUCCCAUAUGGCAAAGUAUGUGUGGUUUGCUGAGUAUUUUCACCAAGUUUUUAUGUGAUGAUAACCUGUUACAGACUAUUCAGAGCACAUCUGGACUAGCUGUUAUUCUUUUUAUUAAGACUAUGUUUCAUCCAACUGAAAAGGUUUCUGAAUUGAUUAGCUGUUUGCUUCUCCAUUCAGUAGACAACACCAGUGUCCCCGAGUGGUUCACAAGCAGCUGCGGGAGCCUUUGUAGUGCCCACAUCCCUAGGCCAGCUCUCUUAUUCCUGUGUCAGGGGAUCCUGGCCAUGUUGGACUGGCAGGAUGGGAGUGUAGGCUUCAGUGGGGAGACCCUGCUCUUGGAUACUAUACAUGUUCUAUUCACCUUGAGCUCACAGAUUAAAGAGGCAACACUUGAAAUGUUCCUGUCUAGAAUCUUAGCAUCUUGGACUAAUUCAGCUAUUCAUGUCCUUGAAUCAAGUUCCCCAAGCCUGAAGGACAGAUUGAAAGGGAAUUCAAGCAUAGUUGAAAGACUUUUGGAAUAUGUCUAUACUCACUGGGAACAUCCAUUGGAUGCUCUGAGACACCAAACUAAAAUCAUAUUCAGAAAUCUUCUGCAAAUGCACCAGCUCACUAUGGAAGGAGCAGAUUUGGUCACUGAUCCUUUCUUUUUGGAAUUGACUAGGAAUCUUCUGAGAUUGGAAUGGCAAAUUAAAGGAAAAUAUGCAUGCCUUGGUUGCUUGGUAGAGUGCAUAGGAAUUGAGCAUAUUUUGGCAACAGAUGAAACUAUUCCAUCUCAAAUCUUAGAAGUGAUGGGUGACCAGUCACUGGUACCUUAUGCAAGUGACCUUUUGGAAACCAUGUUUAAAAAUCACAAGAGUCAUUUGAAAUCCCAGACUGCUGACAGUACUUGGAUGGACCAGUGGCAUGACACUUGGGUUUCACCUCUUCUUCAUAUACUGUGUGAAGGAAAUCUGGAUCAAAAAUCUUAUGUGAUUGAUUAUUACUUGCCAAAAUUAUUGAAUUACAGCCCUGAAAGCUUAAGGUACAUGGUAAAGAUUCUUCAGACAUCUAUUGAUGCUAAAACAGGGUCACAUGGUAGCAGAGGAGCUCUGGGAGCUUUGAUGGCAUGUUUACGAACAGCUAGAGCUCAUGGACAUCUUCAGUCUGCACCUGAUAUCUGGGAGAACCUUGUAUCCAGUGCAAGAAUAAAACAAGGCCUAAUUCAUCAGCAUUGCCAAGUCCGAAUAGAUACAUUAGGUUUGCUUUGUGAAAGUAAUCGAAGCACAGAGAUUGUUUCCACAGAAGAAAUGCAGUGGAUUCAGUUCUUUCUCACAUACAAUCUCAACAGCCAGUCUCCAGGAGUGCGGCAACAGAUUUGUUCUCUUCUCAAGAAGUUGUUUUGUAGGAUACAGGAAAGUUCUCAGGUACUUUACAAAUUGGAGCAAAGUAAAUCCAAACUUGAACCAGAGAAUGCAUUAGCCAAGGAACAACCCUCUGUUUCUUUGCAGCAAUAUAAGGAUUUUAUGUCAUCCAUUUGCAGCAGUCUUUUUGAAGCUCUGUUUCCCGGAUCUUCCUACCCAACUAGAUUUUCAGCUUUAACCAUUUUAGGCUCAAUAGCUGAUGUUUUUCCUGCCUCAGAAGGUCACACGCAAACUGUAUACCAGCUGAGUCAUGAUAUUGAUGUUGGCCGUUUCCAAACACUAAUGGAAUGUUUUACCAGUACUUUUGAAGAAGUGAAAACUUUAGCUUUUGGCCUUCUGAUGAAGUUAUCAGUAAGAGCUGUACAGUUUCAGGAUUCUGAGAAACUGCAAAGCCUGUUCCAGGCAGCACUGGAGCUCAGCACCAGCACAAAACCAUAUGAUUGUGUAACGGCUUCCUAUCUGCUGAACUUCUUAAUCUGGCAGGAUGCUCUGCCAGCAUCCCUGUUUGCCUCCUCAACCCAACAGGCCACAUGCAAAGCAGGAGAUAAGUCUGAUGCUCUAGUGGAAAGGAACACAUUGAUGGUUAUCAAAUGCUUGAUGGAAAAUCUGGAGGAAGAAGUAUGUCAGGCUGAGAAAUGUCUGCUUCAGGCAGCAGCACUGUCACCAAUGUAUGGCCGUGUCCACUGUGUUACAGGAGCUUUGCAGAGGUUACCUCUGAACUGCCUGCAGUUGGUGAGUGAAUGGAGACCAGUGGUGGAGAAGCUCCUGCUGCUGUCCUACAGGCUUUCUGCUGCAGUGUCGCCAGUCAUUCAGAGCUCCUCCCCUGAGGGCCUCAUCCCCAUGGACACUGAUUCAGAGUCAGGAAGCCGCUUACAGGUGAUUCUUAGUGAGAUUCAGCCUCGAGACACCAACGAUUUCUUCAAUCAAACCAAAAUAUUGAAUGAAUGUGAUAGCUUUGAUUUGGAGGACUUGAAAUCUACCAUAUCAAAUAUUGAAAGCUCUGCAGAAAUCAAAGGUAAAGAAGAAAAAACAUGUGAUGUAACUGCUCAGAUGGUGCUGGUAUGUUGUUGGAGAAGUAUGAAGGAAGUGGCUUUACUUUUAGGUACACUGUGCCAACUCAUACCCAUGCAGCCUGUACCAGAACGUUCUGAUGGGUUGUUAACAGUGGAGCAGGUGAAAGAAAUGGGAGAUUAUUUUAAACAACACCUUUUACAGUCCAGACACAGAGGAGCAUUUGAGCUGGCGUAUACUGGUUUUGUGAAACUCACUGAAGUACUAAACAGGUGCCCUAAUGUGAGUCUGCAAAGGCUACCAGAACAGUGGUUGUGGAGUGUUUUAGAGGAAAUUAAAAGCAGUGAUCCUUCAUCCAAACUCUGUGCUACAAGGCGCAGUGCUGGUAUUCCAUUCUACAUACAGGCAUUAUUAGCAUCUGAACCAAAGAAAGGCAAAAUGGACUUGUUGAAAAUAACAAUGAAAGAGUUACUCUCUUUGGCUGGGCCUACAGAUGACUCACGGAGCACCGUCUCCCAGGUUCAUGCUUUAAAUAUCCUUAGAGCCUUGUUCAGAGACACACGUCUGGGAGAAAGCAUUAUUCCUUAUGUUGCUGAUGGAGCCAAGGCUGCCAUUCUGGGUUUUACAUCACCAGUGUGGGCAGUGAGAAAUUCAUCCACACUUCUCUUUAGUUCCUUGAUCACAAGAAUUUUUGGUGUUAAAAGAGGAAGGGAUGAACUUUCCAAAACAAAUAGAAUGACAGGCAGAGAAUUUUUCUCCCGUUUCCCGGAACUCUAUCCCUUUCUUCUCAAACAGUUGGAAGCUGUAGCCAAUUCAGUGGAUCGUGAUAUGGGAGAACCAGAUCGUCACCCCAGCAUGUUCCUGUUACUUUUGGUGUUGGAGAGACUCUACCCUUCCCCAAUGGAUGGCAGUUCUUCUGCUCUCAGCAUGGCACCUUUUGUUCCCUUUAUUAUGAGGUGUGGUCACUCACCUAUCUAUCGUUCCCGUGAGAUGGCAGCUCGUGCCUUGGUCCCAUUUGUUAUGAUAGACCAAAUUCCUAAUACCAUCCGUGCCUUGUUGGCCACACUCCCCAACAACACUGACCACUGUCUCCGUCAAAACUAUAUUCAUGGGACACUUCUCCAGGUUUUUCAUUUGUUACAAGUCUACACAAACUCCAAACACAGAACAAAUGCAGAUUUUCUACAGGAGCUGACUGACAUCACUGUUUGUACCAAGGCUAAACUCUGGCUGGCCAAGAGGCAGAAUCCAUGUUUGGUGACCAGAGCUGUAUAUGUUGAUAUUAUCUUUCUGUUGACUUACUGCCUCAGCAGACCCACAAAGGUCAAUCAGCCAGUUCUGAAGAGUCUUGGCUUCUGGGAGGAAAUCAAGAGGAUCAUCUCAUUAUCAGAGCUGAUAACAGGAUUCCCCUGUACCAUCAAAGUGCCAGGCCUGCCCCAAUACCUGGAAAGCCUCACCAAACUAGCCCUCAGUGCAGUAUGGGCAGGGCUGGCUGAGGCUGGUGGACAGACAAAGGACGUUCCCAUCACCUUCUCCCAGCUGCUCAAGUCUUCCUUUUCUGAAGUGCGUUUGCUAACUCUGAAUGCCCUGUUGGAAAGGUUCUCAUCUGCAGCCUCUGCACUGGGAGGGAAGGGACUACCACCCCUGCUCUGCAGUAUGGCAGAGGAGUUCCUGCUGCUGGCAAUGGAGGAACCCCACCCAGAAUGCUUCUGCAAGAUACUGAAGAUUCUGUAUCACAUGGAUCCCAGGGAGUGGCUUCCCCAGACAGAACGCUGUGUUCAUCUAACCCCAAAGGAGUUCUUGAUAUGGAUCAUGGAGAUUGCUUCCAAUGACAGAUCUGAAAUCCAGGGUGUGUCUCUGAGACUUGCUUCCAGAGUUAUUGCCUACCACUUGCAGACACAUGAGGAGAACAAGGACUUGCUAGCCCUGGAGCUGAAGCAGUGGGUGCAGCUGGUUGUCUUGUCCUGUGAAGACCCUCUCCCCACCGAGUCUAGGCUGGCUGCUGCUGAAGUCCUCACCAGCACCACACCAUUGUUCCUCACCAACCCCCAGCCAGUUCUAGAGUUGCAAGACACACUUACCCUUUGGAGGUGCACCCUCACUCUCCUGCAGAGUGAAGAGCAAGCAGUCAGAGAUGCAGCCACAGAGACGAUAACGACAGCCAUGUCACAAAAAAACACCUACCAAUCAACAGAGUUUGCCUUCUGCCAGGUGGAUGCCUCCAUCGCUCUGGCCCUGGCCCAGGCUGUCCUGUGUGACCUGCUGCAGCAGUGGGACCAGCUGGCAUGUGGACUUCCCAUCCUGCUGGGGUGGCUAUUGGGAGAAGACGAUGACCUCGCCAGCUCUGUGGAGAGCCUACAUCAGGGAGAAGAAGACUACCUGUUUGAAAAAGCAGAAGUCAACUUUUGGGCUGAGACCCUGACCUUUGUGAAAUACCUCAGUAGACACCUAUUCCAUGUCCUCUGCAAGCCCCGCAGGCAUCCUCUUAGCUCUGAAAAACUCUAUCACCUGCAGAAGAUGGCAUCAGAGCAGCGCCAGUGCGUCUCCCAGCUCCUCAGCGAGCUUCCUCCAGCUGCUGAGUUCUUGAAGACAGUGGAGCACACAAGACUACGCAUUCAGGAGGAAAGGACAUUAGCAGGACUGAAGCUGUUGGCCUUUCUGGAAGAAAAGGAAGGGGAAGCCCCCUUGUUCUCAGAGCCCAGGACUCUCCAGCAAAAUCAAAACAGUUAACUCACAAGAACACUGAAGAAAGAAGGCUUGAAGGGAGUCCUCCGCCAAAUCU